GAAGGAGGAGAGGGACCAAAACAAGAGAAGCAGAGAGGGAAUAAACUGAGGACGGAGCUGGACUACAUACCUAGUCUGAGGGAGCCAGAUUAGCAGUGACUCAGAGCUUUUGGAAUAUUAACCACCAGAGAAUAUGGAUUUGCACCACUGUUUGCCUGCAUAGUGCAUAUUCAUGUGAGUUUAUGUGUGCCACCGAGGGACUGAAGGGAGAAGGAAUUCAACCUUAUUAUAAGAGAGUCUCUCAGUGCCCCCCUCCUCAAAGACUUGAAGCAGAGGAGCCCAGAGGGGGACAAGGUGGUAAGGGGGCUAGGGGGACCCCCACUGCACCAAGAACACCUAGGACAAAGUGAGUGGAACCAAACGCUAACAAGGAUGUAAUGGUGAAGGUGGACACCAGCUCUCCAGGGUUCUCAGGCCUCUGAGCCAGUUGACCAGGUGAUGGGGAGACGGGCGGCUGACCUGACCACCGCCGUGCCAGUACUAGGAGUUCCCGCCCUGGUGGGGGUACGUGAUUGGAGGACAGUAGGAGGGGAAAGGGCCGGGGAAGUGCUGCCCCUGACAUGGGGUCCCCAGUGCAGCAUCGGAGUGCAGACUUCGCCUGGUGUAAGAGCCCCUCCCAUUCUGCAGGGCACGCAACUAAUUGGCACAUUUCCUGUCCAAUCAGACAGCAGGAUUACUCCCAAAUCCAAUGGCUACAUCCCAAAGGAGCCAAAGGAAGAGGAAGGAAUCAGACAGACUAAGAGUGUCAGAGAAAGAGUGGUUAUUACAAAACAGAGGAGUUUAGAAUCCAAGAUCAAACAGGGUGUGACUUUUGAAGGGAUUUCCAGUAAGCUCACAAAGAAUGUGUUCUUCAACCAACGGAAAAGUGGGACUUAUUGCUAUGCCCGGGCAAUCAAGACUAACCCACACUUAUCAGGGGGCAUGGGGAAUAGCAAGCUCAAAGGGAGGCGGGACAUGCGCUACACCAAUGGCAGUGUAGUUGACUCUGAGGCUAUAGGAGGGAUUUGUAUUGACGGCAGUGAUGAGGCAGAGCCUGUCUCAACCAUGUCCUCUGGAGAAGGGGACCAAUCAAAACCUAAAGAGCAUUCUGUGGCAUAUUCAUAUUGUGGGAAUACAAAACGACCACGAGCUCCCCCACCUCUCCAAAUGCCCCAGCGGAUCUGCAGCCACUGUGGAGGGAGACAGACUGUGGUCCCAGGAGCUGGAGCUGCCAGUCUGGGAGAUAAGAGCCCUUCCUCUGCAUGCCCUGAAGGAACAGCAGCCAUGAAAGCACCUCCUUCACUCACAGACAGAAACAACCUUCCCCUUUCACAUACUGAGAAAGAGAGAGACUCUGCGUUCUCUCCUCUGAGGCAUGCAGACAGGGAUCGGAUACAAAGCCAGUGGACACACACAGACUCUCUACCCCCCCACCCCCACUGUAAUCCCCCUAUUCAGAACAACAAAGACAGGAAACCCAAUCUGCCUGAAAGCCCAGCGCCUGCAUGGCAGAACAGAGAUCUGAAACAGACUAAUGGUUAUGCCUCCCAUCCCACAUACCCCCUGCAUACCUCUACCCGAGACCCAGUAGAAACCGCAGACACACCUUCACAAAAACACUCAGACAAGGCAGCCAGCCUCACGAGCAUCUUACACACAACGACGGCGACAGUCACCAAGGCGACUAUUGAACCCAGGCGUACAAAUGCCAACUUCCUUGAGACCCCAUCACACUUGAGUAAGAUUCCUCGACCAACACCACUCACACUUUCUCCCCAAAUCGCCGUGGCCACGAGGCCAAACACGCCACGCACACACCGUAAGCAUCCGAAGACACAACCCAAACCCUCAAUCACAUCUAGUCACCCUUACCCUGUAAACCCACCACACAGAACCUCUCCUCCAAACCCUGUAAACCCACCACACAGAACCUCUCCUCCAAACCCUGUAAACCCACCACACAGAACCUCUCCUCCAAACCCUGUAAACCCACCACACAGAACCUCUCCUCCAAACCCUGUAAACCCAUCCUGGGUUAUUACAUCCCCUAAGCCUGAAAAAACUCCACACACAACAACUCUUUCUUUCACUGCUACGACAUUACAUAGAAGCGCACCCCCUUAUCCCACUAAACCCCGUAAGUCUCCAAAGGCACUCACAGCUGCACCACCUACCCCUGUAUGCACACCGACAACAACAACACUCCCAAACACAGCUACUACGGCGACAUAUAGAAUAGUCCCUAGCCAUGCUAACACGUCACACACAACUACCACGUCAGCAAACACACCAUAUACCGCCACUCUGGCUAACCCUUAUAACACAUCACAUACCACUACUCCUAACACAUCACACACAACUACACCCACAAUACGCACCACUACACGCCCAAAACCUUUGUCCUAUACCCCUAACCAUUCAAACACAUCGCACACACCUACAUCCCCUUACUUAGUUUACACAUCCCCCAAAACACCCCCCAGUGUUGAGAACGCAUCACAGGCAACUACAUCUACUCGGCGCCAUCCCUCAACCACAUCCCUGACUGACUCGAGACCAUUGAUCGUGACGCAGAUGCAAUACAAUAAACCACCUGACCCAUCAGACAGAUCACAUAAUAAGAUAACACUCGCAAAGACACACGCUGAACACCACUACCACGCAAACACUCAUAAGCGAUUUGUCGUUGAACCAAUAAUGCACGCAAAUGUAUAUCCAAAGCUACUGACCGUCUCCACCAGAAACACACACUGUAGCCCUGUCAUCGCGUCACAGACAAACGAGGAAAGGGACUCUAGAAUGUCCAAUGCAUCAAAGGUCACUGACCUCCCAGAAUGCGUCGCUGAAAAGGAUGCAAACAAAGAAGGAGAAGAGCAGGGACACUUCGCCACAAACCUAAAACUUGGGUCUGAGCCUCAGAUACGCUCCCACACAGAGCACAUUCCCUCCAGCGCAUUCCCCACUCAUGCAAAUACCACAUCCACAUUCGGACUUGACGGGCAGACAUACACAAAUGACGCUCCACCUUCCGUCACACCACAGACACGAGCAGACCCUAAGGUCCUCAUUGCAACCCAGACGAACACUUCUGCACAUGUCAAACCCGUCACCAAAACACCAAGCCACAGAAACACAGACUUCAGUUCCACAUCAACGCCAAACGAACACACAAGCCCCACACACCGACUCAUACCACAGGCCCGUCCGUACACCAUCACUGAUCUCCUCACACACACACCCAUAGAACCCGAGUGCUACCGCCUUUUGCCUCCAUCCCGCAUGGCUCACCUAGCCUCCUACACCCUCACCCAUCCCAAUCAGACACACCAGAUGAUCCAUCCAGUAUUUCAGUUUUUAUCGUCAAGCACCACCCCGCAGCCAUCCCAAGACGAUUCCAGGCUGGCUCACUCCCACCCGGCUGACGCAGCGCUGCUGCUGCCCCCUUCCCCACAGUGCAGCAGGCCAGCCCCGCUCCAACGGAGGCUGCAGUUUGUAGAGGCCAACCUGGCAGCCAACCAGGACAGGAUCACUACCCUUCUCAACAUCAUCCAAGACCUGGAGAUGAGCCAAGCUCUCAGCAAGGGUCGGCGAUGCUACAGGACAGGGCAGGACCUCAGGGAGUGCUACACCUGUCAGAAGACCGCUUGUAUCGUCUACAGUGUGGAGUAUGACUUCAGGCAGCAAGAGAGACGUUUCUUGGCGGUUCUGAAUCCUCAGAAGGCUGACAACAACGCUACAACAUUUCUCCCCUCCCUGCCUCACAACCCCACCUUGCUGACGAAUGCCAUCACUAAGACCAUGACCAAGUCCAAGGUUAAGAGCAAAAAGUUGUGCAAGACACUUUUCCGAUGGCUGCCUAGGAAAAUUCAGCGGACAAAGUCCUCCUUUCACCAACUCUCUCCAGAUCAUUUGAACUCCUAGCAUGCUGUCCAUGAGGUAUCCCCUGUAAUAUAAAAUCUGAUGUCCCUAUUACAGGAAGCAGCGCUUGUCAUCGUGGAAGACAAUGCCACUUCCUGUUCACAUGAUAGCUGUUCUGAAAUCUGAUUUGCUCCUUUAAGGCUGAUUGACACCCUACUGUCCAAUCAGGACAUAGCAUGAACAGGAUAUCCCCAAUAGUAACUAGUGACAUUUGCCCAGUCGAGCAAGAGUAUAUCGUAAGGGAAAACUUCAUCCUUCAGGUGAAAAUCAUAAACCUUCAUCCAAAGCACAUGCGAUAGUUUUGUUGAACUAGAUGAGACUUCCAAAGGUUUGCUGGAUUGCAAUCACCAUUUUUCAGAGUAAAUGUAGAUGAAAGUCCACUUAGUUAUGUUCUAUAGUGUCUUGUAGCUAAGUGUUGCCGUCCCCUUACAGAUUCCCCUAACCAGCUUAUCCCAGGGUAAAUGUACCUACCUGAUUUUUUGGAGAAAUAAACCAAAGCUACAGCACAUACUGUA